GAUCUCUUGUUACGGCCGCCAUUUUAAUACUCUCUGAGGGUCGCUUGUGCUUAUUCCUGCCUUUUUUUGUGUGUCGCGUGGGUACGCGCGCUCCUGCUUUUUCUCUUCGGUCCGCUCCCGUUAUGGAGGACAAUACCGACUAUGGCAGCAGCAAUAACAAUAACGCAGGCUCGGGCAGUGGUCAGGACGACUUCGCGGAGGGCUCUAAGAUCAACGCCAGCAAGAACCAGCAGGAUGACGGGAAAAUGUUCAUUGGAGGCUUGAGCUGGGAUACAAGCAAAAAGGAUUUGACAGAAUAUUUGUCUCGCUUUGGAGAGGUGGUGGAUUGCACAAUUAAAACAGAUCCUGUCACAGGAAGGUCAAGAGGCUUUGGGUUUGUGCUUUUCAAAGAUGCUGCCAGUGUGGAGAAGGUCUUGGAAUUGAAAGAACACAAAUUGGAUGGCAAGCUAAUAGAUCCCAAAAGGGCAAAAGCUCUAAAAGGGAAAGAACCACCCAAAAAAGUGUUUGUUGGUGGACUGAGUCCUGAUACAUCUGAAGAGCAAAUAAAGGAAUAUUUUGGUGGUUUUGGAGAGAUCGAAAAUAUUGAGCUUCCCAUGGACACAAAGACGAAUGAGAGGAGGGGUUUCUGUUUCAUCACAUACUCAGAUGAGGAACCAGUAAAGAAAUUGCUGGAAAGCAGAUACCAUCAAAUUGGUUCUGGCAAGUGUGAGAUCAAAGUAGCACAGCCCAAAGAUGUAUAUAGGCAGCAACAACAACAACAGAAAGGAGGCAGAGGUGCUUCAUCUGGUGGGCGUGGCAGUUCCAGAGGACGUGGCAGGGGUCAAAGCCAGAACUGGAAUCAAGGGUAUAACAAUUAUUAUGAUCAAGGAUAUGGCAGUUACAACAGUCCUUACAGUGAUCAGAGCUACAGCAGCUAUGGUGGAUAUGAUUAUUCUGGGUACAACUACCCGGGUUAUGGCUAUGGACAGGGAUAUGCUGACUACAGUGGGCAGCAAAGUACAUAUGGAAAGGCUUCCCGAGGUGGCGGCAAUCACCAAAACAACUACCAACCAUAUUAAAGAAAUACUUGGGAAUAAACAGCGGGAACUUCAUUGCAGGCCGUGUGUCACCCUGACCACGUCUAUCUCUGGGGGUCGCACGUUGCAGGCAGAGCGCAAGGCAUACACCAGAAAACGCUGUCCUGUGGUAUGGUCUCUUCCAACUUCAUGUACCAGCGUAAAGAUUAAAGUGGAAAACUUCAGACUUUGGCUUCUUUUUAAAAAUCUUUGGAGAUUUAAGUGUCUUAACUUAAAAUGGUUUUUUACAGGAGUUAAAGUGCAUAAAUGCCUUUACAGCUUAAUCAUUUUUGGUCUUCUGUUUAGUGUUGUAUAUCAAUUGUGGAACCUCAUUUUAAGUGCUUGUUCUUUAAGAUUUAAUGCUUGCUUUUUUCUUUUAUAGCUAUUAGUGAAAUCUACAAACCAAAACGAAGUUUUAAAUCUGGGAACAUUAAAGAUCAUAUGCAAAUAGUGGUUUCUAUUAAUCACCUGGCUAACAAUAACUUUCCUUGGUGUAUUGCCACUUUCUCUUUCCCACUAUAGCAGUUGAAGCCAUGAAAGGCUCUUCCAGAGCUUGGUUUCUAGCAAACCAAGAACUUCUUUGCUGAGUUUCUACAGUUCUUUGACAUGCUCCAUCAUUUGAGCUGAAUUGGUGCAUCUGGGCACAUAAAGUGUAAUUGGGUCAUCAAAAGCAUUUUGUGUUGACAGAUAUGCAUAUGAUCUUUAACAGUGAAGCGAGGAAUAAAUAGAGGACUUAAAGCAGUUCAUGAAAAUGGACCUUUUAAAAAUGCUUGAAAAUGUUGCACAGGUCUCAUAAUUAUUUUGUCUUGGUUUUGUAGGUAGAGAUUCUACAGCAAAGCCAUCUUGCAGAACAUCAGGACUGACUGGAGGGUGGUCUUCGUGACAUGAGAUUAUUUUGUAAAAGACUUGUAGUGUACGGCACAGCAGUGUCCAUCUGUACAUAGUGACUGGCUAGUUUUCUUUAUGGUUUUUACUUUUUGUCCUUUUUGUCAUCUGUGUUUCAAUACCAAUGUGGUUUUUGUGUUUAUACAAUUUUUAUUUGUUGAAUGACUCAAAUAAAAAAUUAACUUCUGUGA